CGGUUCAUGAGGGCCCAGGCUGAGCAGUGCGACGUGCUCGGCUUUGCGGAGACCCACCUGAGGGGGGAGAAGCUCGAGAAGAUGAAGGUUGACAUGUCCAAGGAUGGGUGGAAAGCGAUCGCCACGCCCUCUACGCUCACAGGGCUGGAGGAAGGCCGAGCUCAGCGGUCGGCGAAGGAUCCAUUCGAGGGUUUCUGCCCGCCCACUUGGCAUACGAAGUCGGGGGAUUUGAUAGUUGUUGCAGCCUACCUUCAGCCCAAGUUCGGUUUUCGUGGCCCGAACGAGCGCAUGCUGAUCAGAAUGACAGCUUUCUCGAGGCUUCUGGCAGAUCCUUGGGUGGUCCUGGGCGAUUGGAACAACCAGCCGAGCGAGUGGGACAAGACGAAGUGGCUUCGCAAGCUUGACGGCUCCCUCGUGCUGCCGACGAACGUCGCCACCACCUGCAACCUCGGCCAGGGCACCCCGAUCGAUUACGGCAUCGCCCGCUCGGAUCUCGCGGCCUCCCUGAAGCUAGACGCGGUGGUGGAGGUCCCCUGGGAGACGCACGUUGGCUUGGCCCUUUCGAUCUGCGACGGCAAGUGCAAUUGGUGGAACCGCGUCAUUCAGGCGCCGCGAGAGCCCGCCACAACCGCCAGGCCAAAGAAGCAGGCGGACCCGAACAGCUUGCGGCAGAGGGCCUUGACAUCCCGCCGCAAACGGAAGGAGGCUCUGGACCAGCAGCUCCAAGAGGCCUGCGACGAGAUCCACCGCAUCGAAGAAGACGCCGC